CCAUUGGAGACAGCGGAGGGGGCCGGGGUCGGAACUUUUUUUUAAAUCGGGUGUUGCACCGGCCCCGAGCGGAAGUGUUUGGCAGUCGGUUUCCGGCUUCUGCACGGGGCCCCCAGGGCCUGUCUUCGUGAGACGGUAAGAGCCCGUGCCGCCUACAAGAGAUGGACGUGCGGGCUUCACAGACAGGUAUAAUCUGAUGGAACUGUGGGACCUGUCUUGAGUAGAUUUGGAUGUGAUCGGAGGGCAGGGAGAUCAUUUCCUUUUUUUUUUUGGAUUUACGUAGUUCUGCUAUGGGGAACAGCGCCUUGAAAGCUCAUCUGGAAACUGCGCAGAAGACAGGUGUGUUCCAGCUCACAGGGAAAGGCCUGAAUGAGUUUCCCAUGGACCUACAGAGACUUGCAUCGAGUCUGAGGACAAUGGACCUGUCCGGGAAUAAGAUUGAGACCUUACCCUCGGUCAUCGGCCACUUCACAACUUUGAAGAGUUUGAAUCUCAACAGUAAUAAGUUGGCUGUUCUGCCUGAGGAUGUAGGCAAACUGAAAAAACUGGAGGCCCUUCACCUGAACAGUAACUCACUGAGACAGCUCCCCUCCAGCUUCGGCCAGCUAGCGGCCCUGAAGACCCUGAAUCUGUCUGGGAACCAGCUUCGCGAGUUCCCGCUGCAGCUCUGCCGCCUUCGGCACCUGGACGUGGUGGACCUGUCCAAGAACCGAAUCCAGCGUCUGCCAGAUGAACUGGAGCAGCUGCAGGCCAUAGAACUCAAUGUCAACCAAAAUCAGAUCUCUCAGAUUUCAUCACACAUCUCCCGAUGUCCCCGGCUGAAAGUUUUACGGAUUGAAGAGAACUGUUUAGAAAUCUCCAUGAUUCCUGUCAGUAUCCUGGCUGACUCUCAGAUCGCCCUGCUGGCUGUGGAAGGGAACCUUUUUGAAAUUAAGAACCUGCGAGAUCUGGAGGGUUAUGAUAAGUACAUGGACCGCUUCACAGCAACAAAGAAGAAAUUCUCUUGAAGGUCUGAGCUCCCUCAGCCCCAGGACAAUAGCCCAGCAUAUCUCAGCAGCUGGUUAAAUGGUAGUAGUAAUUUGCAAUGGACCAUACAGAGGAGGUAACUCCAACUUAUUGAAGGAGAGUGGAAAGGGGCAGUACAUGAUACAAUGUGGAGGUCCUCAGCCCUGCCUACAUUCCAGUUAUUGGGGUUAGUAAAGCUGCUACGCUGCCUUUAAUCUGUAAAAGGCAUUGUACCCUAUUGUCAUCAAGCUGCUGUGAACAUGGCCAAGCAGCCCUGGUCAGUCCUGAUUUAGCCACUACAGUCGCACCUUGUAUACAGCACUUUGCACGUAACUUCUGAUUUUGGGAGAUGGCUUCAGUUACGUGGAGCUCAGCCUCUGCUUGAAGCUGGCACCUGCUGCAUAGACUCAGCAUUUAGUUAACGGUGACAGUGCAACGACAGCUCCUGUUUCAACUUCUAAUUGGAAUUCAGUCUCCAAUCCAACCCAUCAUUUCAAACAACACUGUAUAUAUAAAAUAAAGCAUUUUAUGUGCAA